AUGGCAAACUUUAUUUAUAUAUACAUUAUUGGCUUUUUAGACAUAGCCAGUCUAGCCACAAUCAUGCCUUCAUUUAAUCGUCGUCUCUUAAAAUUUGGAGCUACUCAUUUACAGAUAACCCUUCUAGAAUCUCUCUUCUCAAGCUUACAACUAAUCACAGGCCCCAUUGUUGGAACACUGAGUGAUCAAUAUGGUCGCAAACCAUUGCUUUUGCUUUCAAUGAUCUUUAGUGUUCUUGCCUUUUUUGCCAUGGGGCACUGCGAUACUUAUCUGUCGAUUGCUGCCAUUCGAUUGAUGUUAGGUUGUUUCAAACACACCCAAAUGUUAGGAAAAUCAUUGAUUGGUGAUAAUGUACCUAAAACUCAACAAUUGAGCGCCCAUGGAAAAUUGAACAGUUUCAUUUCAUUAUCAUUUAUGAUAGCACCUAUUUAUGGUGGUUAUUUAUCUGAACACGAAAAUGGUUUUUACUACUUAGCUUGCUCAACCAGCUUACUUUGUGCCAUAAAUGUCAUUAUUAUUACAUUAAGUGUACCAACCAAGAUAAUUAAAACAACUGGUCUAAAAAAAAAUAUGUUUAACCAUUUAAAAGAAGUUGAUUGGAUAGAAUAUUGGCCAUUAUUGUUCAUGAGAAUGAUGUAUACUGCAACACUAUCAACAAUGAUGGUGACAUUUGGUUUUGUACUCAUAGAAACUUAUAAACUCACACCAUCCCAAGUUGGUUACACUUUGUCAGUUAAUAGUUCAAUUGGCGUUGCUACUGGAUUUGCAGUUGCCAGAUUGGAACCAUUUUUUCGUAAAUAUAGUUCGUUCAAAAAAUGUUUCUUUAGUUUUAUAUUACUGUUUGUUGGAUAUGUUUGUUUGUCAUUUGCUCCUAAUAUAACGUUUCACAUUGUGUGCAUGGUUCCUAUCAUUGCAGCUGGUACUCUGAUAGAAGUAUUUUUAAAUCAAAUUCUAUCGGAAACCUGUAUGGGUGAAAAUAGGGGAACUCUAGAAGGUGCUAUGACUAGCUCUAUCUCAGUAGCCCGAUCUAUUACACCUGUAGUCGCCGGAUUGGCUAUGGAUGUGUAUGGUUCUAGUGGUGCAUAUGUUUUUGCAGCUUUAGCUGCUAUUUCUGCUGCAAUUUUGGCUAAAUUUUAUGAUAAAAAAACCAAACUAUCGUAA